GUUGCCUUCCCCGGCCAGCCUAGAAACACGCCGACGCCCUCUUCUUUUAGAUUCCUUGCCCGCUUUCUAUUCAUCUUUCUCACCCAGUGCAACUUCUCUGUCCCUCAUCUCCUUGUCCCAGGCGUUGAGGGGGCGCUUACUGCCGCAACAAGCUCUUUUUCCUCCCUUUUCCUACUUCGAAUCGCUCUUCACAGGCCUUUCUUGUCGCUGUCUCCGUCUCGCAUCCUAGUCCCUGACCUCAUAGUCUCUGUUCCGCGGCCGGUUGCAGCGCGCACGACGACCACCAAACUCGGCCAACAUGAGUUCUGCCAGCUCCGACGACGACCGCCCUCUUGCGAGGGCCAACGGCCGCCUGUCCUCGUCGAAAAUAUCGCACGCCCAGGACAGGGCCUUGGAUCGCGACGGCCCCAAGAGCAACCACCUCGCCGGCCUAUCAGUGCGCAACGGUCCGGUAGAGGACGACGACAUGGACGUGGACGCGCCGGUUUCGAAUGGCGCAAGCAAGCGCAAGUCGCGUACCUCCAUCACCAAGAUUAGCUACAGGGACGAUUCCGACAGUGACGAAGGUGCUCCUCUGGCAAAACGACAAAGACAGGUCAAGAGAACCGCCCUUUCGGACUCGGACGAUGAACCGAUUAUCAAGGCGAGAGGCAAAAAGCUUCCUCCCUCCUACGAUGAGACGGCCCUGCCCGAGACCUCGGACGAUGACCAACCCCUGGGCGUCAAGCUCUCGAAAAAGAAGGCAUCUAUCGAGAAGAAGGCGGAGCAGGAGGCCAAGGCCAUUCGGGCUAAGAAAGCCACUCCUAGGAAGUCCAUCAAGGACGAGUCUGAUGAUGAUGUGCCCCUCGCGAGGUCGUCCGCCAGCAAACGCCAGUCAAAUGGGGCCUCUUCGAAGCGGAAAUCGAACGGCGUGAAGAAGGAGGAAUCCGAUUCCGAUGCCCCAAUCGCCAGGAAAGGCAAGGCGGCAGCGCCUGCCAAGAAGGGCGCCCGGGCUGCGCCAGCAAAGGCCGCGAAGAAGGUCAAGGAGAGUGACAACGAAGAAGACGAGUUCGCAUGGUGGAACGCGCCGAAGCCCCAGGACGACAGCAUCAAGUGGCGGACUCUAGAGCACAACGGCGUCCUCUUCGCGCCUGAAUACGAGCCUCUCCCCAAGCAUGUCAAGUUGAUAUAUGAUGGAAAGCCCAUCAGCCUCGCCCCUGAGGCUGAAGAAGCCGCCACCUUCUGGGUAGCCAUGAUGACUCCCGCUUCAUCCCACCACCUCGACAACCCCGUGUUCCGUGCAAAUUUCUUCAAAGACUUCGCUGAGUUUGUCGAUAAGUUUGGUGCGACAGACUCUAAGGGCAACAAAGUCCAGAUCAAAUCUAUCGACAAAUGCGACUUCUCGCAGAUGCACGAGUACCUAUCGGCCAAGCUCGAGGCUACCAAAACCAAGAACAUGACCAAGGAAGAGAAGGAGGCUGCCAAGGCCAAGAGGGACAAGCUCGAAGAGCCCUACCUCCACUGCAUGUGGGAUGGUCGGAAGCAGAAAGUUGGCAACUUCCGCGUUGAACCCCCAAGUCUGUUCCGUGGUCGAGGUGAACAUCCCAAGACCGGCCAGAUCAAGACCCGAGUCUGGCCGGAAGACAUCACCAUCAACAUUGGAAAGGAUGCCAAGGUGCCAACUCCUCCAGCCGGACAUAAAUGGAAAGCGGUCCAGCAUGACCAGAAAGCGACUUGGUUGGCCAUGUGGCAGGAAAAUAUCAACAAUGCCUACAAAUACGUGAUGCUUGGGGCUGCCAGUGAUAUCAAGGGUCAGAGUGAUUUCAAGAAGUUCGAAAAGGCUCGGGAGUUGAAGAAGCAUAUCGGCAAGAUUCGCAAGGAAUACACCAAAGAACUUAAGAGCGAGGUGAUGGCGGAUCGGCAGAGGGCCACGGCCAUGUACCUCAUUGAUAAGCUUGCUCUGAGAGCCGGAAAUGAAAAGGAUACUGAGAAUGAGGCUGACACUGUGGGCUGCUGCUCACUGAAGUACGAGCACAUCACCCUCGAGCCUCCCAACAAGGUCACCUUUGACUUCCUCGGUAAGGACAGUAUCAGAUACAACGAGACUGCCCACGUUGAAGCUCAGGUCUUCAAGAACUUGAAGCUUUUCAAGAAGGCCCCCAAGACCAACGGCGACGACCUUUUUGACCGCCUCAACACCUCGCAACUGAACAAGCAUUUGAACAGCUACAUGCAGGGCCUGACAGCCAAGGUCUUCCGUACCUACAACGCGUCCUGGACCAUGUCAGAACUGCUCAAAGAACUGAGCCAGGAUCCUCGAUCUCGCGGUAGUGUUGCAGAGAAGGUGAAGCUUUACAACGACUGCAAUCGUAAAGUGGCUAUUCUUUGUAACCAUAAGCGAACCGUCGGCGCUGGACAUGAAGUGCAAAUGCAGAAGCUUGGCGACAGGAUCAAGGGCCUUCGGUACCAGAAGUGGCGAACAAAGAAAAUGAUUUUAGACCUUGAGCCCACGCAGAAGAAGAAGAAGGGCGCUGCCUGGUUUGAACUUGACGAAGACCUCGACGAGGAAUGGAUCCUGGAGCACCAACAGUUCUUGGUUGAGGAACAGCGGACAAAAAUCACGAAGAAAUUCGAAAAAGACAAUGAAAAGCUCAAAGCCAACAAGGAAAAGGCUUUGCCUGACAAGGAGCUCAAGGAGCGACUUCUGGUCGUCAAGGAAUUGGAGGCCAAGUUAAAGAAAGAGAACAAGACCAAGAAGGUCAUUGCUGAAGGUCGAGGGCCAACUGUCGAGAAGUUCAUCAGCGCGAUUGAGAAGAUAGAUGAUCGGAUCAAGACGCUCGAGACGCAGGCUGAGGAUCGUGAUGGCAACAAGGAAGUCGCUCUUGGCACUUCCAAGAUGAACUACAUCGAUCCUCGCUUGACUGUUGUCUUCUCCAAGAAGUUCGAUGUGCCGAUUGAAAAGUUUUUCUCCAAGACUCUUCGAGACAAGUUCCGAUGGGCCAUCAAGUCUGUCGAGGAUGCGGAUGACUGGACCUUCUAAGUCAAUCCAGACUUGUUUUUGGUUGUUGUUUUUUCGUCUUCCUUCGUCAUUACCUUUGAUUCUAGUUGCAUUCUUUAUCUGCAUUUUGUGGUUUUGUAAGACUACUUGCUUUUAUUCGCUCAACAUUUACAUCAGGGGAGCGGGGAGCCAGGCAUGUCGCAUACACAUGCGCAAAGCGAGUGUCCACGACGCGGAGGGAGGACCUUGGAUUCAUGAACUUGAGGGCACGGCGAAUUAUACGGAUCACCCAUAUGAGGUGUACGGCGGCACACAUCUCUUAUGAACGGACUCGCGCAUACAUAGAAGCUGGAAAAAGCGCGUGGGUCGGGUGAGCAGCGAGUGCUUGGGGAACCGAGUGGCCGGAGGGCUUCAUAGCUUUGUUAGAUCAUACUUGCUUCUAGAACUCUGAAACGAGAUAUCUCUUGCUGAACA